AUGGAAAAAAUUGAAAUGCAACCGUGGGAUCACAUUGUAUCACAUUUAUCAAAACCAGGUGAUUGGUGUGUCCGUAGCUCAGGUACCAAUGCAAAACGUUUGCUAUUUGUUAUUACAAAAGUGGAUGAAAAGAAUGUGCGCGAAUUAAAACUUGUUUACAUAGAAAAUUUAAAAGGAUGGACAUUGAUGGAUGUGAAAAAUGUGAAUAGGAAUAAUAAUGAGUUGAUCACAUAUGGAUCAAUUCAUGAACUUUUAUCAAGCGAAUCAAGUUUCUGCCAAAAAAUGAAUCUACGAAAUCCAAUUAAUCGACCCAAUUAUCUGUUAAACGAUGAAAAUUUGAAGAUAACAAAUAUUAAAUUAGGCGAAGGACAUUAUGCGGAAGUCUUGAAAGGAAUGCUAAAAGUUGGCGAUGAAGAAAUUAGUGUUGCGGUGAAACGUUGCUUGCAAGUCGACAAAGUUAGCAUCACUGAUAAACGAUCCACUAAAGAUAUCAUCAGAAUAAAACUUGCAAAAUCGCAAAUGAUCGCAGAAGCUCGAUUAGUUUGCGACUUCAUGCAUGAGAAUAUCAUCAAAAUAUAUGGAGUAGCAUGUAAUUCUGCUCCUGUGAAGGUAGUAAUGGAAUAUUGUCCAGGUGGUUCGCUAAAAAAUUUGCUUAUUAAACAUAAAGAAACAAUUAAAAAUGAAGAACGAAAUAUAUUUUUGUUUGAAGCUGCCAAAGCACUACGACAUCUUCAACUCAAAAAAUGUGUCCACAGGUGGGAUGUUGCUGCUAGGAAUUGUUUGAUUGGAAACAAUGGUUCAUUGAAAUUAUCUGAUUUUGGUUUAAGUAGACGUUUGGAAGAUUUGAAAAAGCUGUCCAGUGAUGAUGAGAAUAUCGCUUGGCCAAUACCGUGGAUGGCACCAGAAACACUAUCAAAAAAGCCGAAAUUUACAACAAAAAGCGAUGUUUAUGCGUUUGGAAUCUUAAUUUAUGAGGUGUAUUCGUGCGGUGGUAAGCCAUGGCCUGAUAUUACCGUGGUUCAAGAUAUAAUACCACUUGUAAGGAAGGGAAGGAUCAUGGCCACACCAUCAUUAUUAAAUGACAAGAAUGUUGAAGAGAUUAUGCAUCAAUGUUGGAAACGAAAAGCAGUGCAAAGGCCUGAUUUUAUCGAAAUUGUGAAAAGGUUUCGUACAGUAUUGCAGUCACAAAAGUUACCCGCAGGACAAGAUCGCAUUGUAAGUAUGUUGGAAGGAAUCGAUUCAUCGAAAAACUCGAUCAAUUUGGAGGAGAACUCACCGGAUAGUACAUUGUCAAAACAGUACAAGGAGGAUGAAAAAGCAGCGCAAAAAAUAGCAGAAACAAUCGAAGAGACAAGUACCACAUUGACUAAAGGUGAAACUCAAGCUUCAGCUCCUACUUUAGAGACAUGCUCAAAAGAUAUGAAAAUCAAGAAACAGAAGUCCUCAGCAAUACGAUCAACACCAUUAACACCCGGAAAGUGGCACAGAGAAAGUAAGCCAUCACCAUCGACUAUCAGUAGCAAAUCUUCAAGGACAAGUUCCAGGAAACACUUUGAUACAUUGAUAAGAUCGAUGGCACCAAGACAUAAGACACGACUUAGCCGGUAUCAAAAUAGAAACAAACAAACAAAAGACAAACCUCCAAGUCAUGAUAAAGUGUGA